GCUGCUGCUGGCCCUGGGCGCGCUGGCCCUGGGGCUCUGGGCCGCCUACCUGGAGCUGGUGGCGAUGGCCGGCGGCGGGGCCGUCCCGGAGCGCAGAUACGAAAGCUGGAGGGAGCUUGCUAAGGUUCUGUCAUUCACCAGGGUCCCAGGUGGGGACGUGAGCCUUCAGCUGGACCAUCCACAGGAGCUGGGACCCCAGAUCCAAGAGCUGCAGAUAGGUGAGAGGAAUAAAUCAAAUUACGCAGCUGCGGACAGCCCUGUCCCAUGGAUGCCAGAGUUCCAGGGCCAGGCCAACCUGCACGUGUUUGAGGACUGGUGUGGCAGCUCCAUCGAGCAGCUCAGGAGAAACCUCCACUUCCCCCUCUUCCCUCACACAAGAACCACGCUGAAGAAGCUGGCCGUGUCCCCAAAAUGGACCAACUAUGGUCUCCGGAUAUUUGGUUACCUGCAUCCUUUCACCGAUGGGGAGUUUCAGUUUGCCAUUGCUGCGGAUGACAAUGCUGAGUUCUGGCUGAGUCCAGAUGAAAAGCCCUCUGGUGUCCAGCUGCUGGCCAGUGUAGGCAAGACAGGGAAGGAGUGGACCGCACCAGGAGAGUUUGGGAAAUUUCACAGCCAGAAGUCAAAAGUGGUGAGGUUGUCAGCGGCAGGCAGGUACUACUUUGAGGUGCUGCACAAGCAGGAUGACAGAGGGACGGACCAUGUGGAAGUGGCAUGGAGGCUGAAUGACCCAGAAGCGAAGUUCAAAGUCAUUGACUCCCAGUCUCUCUCCCUUUUUGCUAACGAGACGCUGCUGAAGAUGGAUGAGGUUGGGCACAUCCCGCAGACGCUGGCCAGCGGCAGGAGUGCUGCUGGCAGUGCCGGCAGCAGGGCACACCCAGCUGACAUGUUGAAGCCUGACCCCCGGGACACUCUAUAUCAAGUGCCCCUGCUGAGCCGGUCCCGCGUGCGCCAGGCCCUGCCCGAGUGCCCCUACAAGCCCAGCUACCUGGUGGAUGGAUUUCCUCUGCAGCGCUACCAGGGACUGCAGUUCGUUCAUUUAUCCUUUGUUUACCCAAAUGAUUACAGCCGCCUGAGCCACAUGGAGAAAGACAACAAAUGCUUCUACCAGGAAAACCCUUAUUAUUUGGAAAGAUUUGGAUUUUACAAGUACAUGAAAAUGGAUCGGCCAGAGAAGAGCCUGGACUCUGGAGAAAAGACAGAGCAGCCAGGCUCCCAGGAGGGGAACCCGGAGGAGCUGCAGUACGAGGAGCGGGACGUGGAGAGCACCGGCGUCCCGGAGCGCGCUGGCACCGGCAGGGCAGGGCCAGCAGGCCGGGCCCCCAGCAGCGUGUGGGGCAGGGACAGCGUGCACCACGAUGACGACUAUUCCCUGCGGGAGCGCCGCCGGCUCCUCUCGGUGCCGCCUGACGACGCCGGACAGGAGACACGGAGCAGGAGGACAAAAGGGUCUGGAGUCCGGUCAGCCGUGCUGGCCUCCACCAACCAAAGCCUCGGCCUGACUGGCCUAGAGGGAAACCCCGUGACAGCGAGACCCCGGUUAAAAGCUGGAGUCAAAGACAAUUCCAGGAGCCCUCGGCAGCACGCCAGGGCCAUCCCGGGGAGAGCGCCUGUCAGAAGGGCAAACCCUCCUUCCGGGACUGUGUCUCAAAGGCCGCGGUCUCUCGGCCGCCCCAGGGACUCGGGGGUCACAAUUCCCGACGGGGUGGGACCUCGAGGAGACCUCGGCACCAGGAGGGACAGGCUGCGGCCAGGCGGCACCGUGGCAGCCGGGAGGGGAGCCCCAGUGCCUGGGAGAGCCGGGAGCCCUGCGGAGCAGCGGGCGGCCGGCGAUGGGCAUGGGGGCACGGGGGAGGCACAGGGGGCAGCUCCUGUGAAGGACAAGUCUGGAGGAGCAGAAGAGGAAGAGGUGGAUGCGGAGCCGGAGGAGGAAGAGGAGGAGGAUUUCGAUUACGUACCAGUGUUUGACCAGGCCGUCAACUGGGAGCAGACCUUCAGCAUGAGCAACCUGGACUUCCACAUGCUGCGCACGGACUGGAUUGACCUGAAAUGCAACACCUCGGGAAACCUGCUGCUGAGAGAAAGUGAGGCCCUGGAAGUUACACGUGUCUUCCUGAGGAAGCUCAACCAGAGGAGUAAAGGGCGCUUCCAGCUGCAGCGCAUCGUGAACGUGGAGAAGCGUCAGGACCGCGUGCGGGGCAGCCGGUACCUGCUGGAGCUGGAGCUGCUGGAGGUGCUGGGGCGCGUCGCGCGUCGCCUGCGCCUCUCCGAGUUCGUGUUCGCGCGCGGCUGGCAGGGCGGCACGCACCGCGACCAGAGCAGGAUGAGGAGCCUGGCCUGGGGCCACCGCCGGCACCUGAUGGCUGCGGCCAGCGAGCCCGAGCUGUGCUGGCCCCAGGGCUUUUCCUGGAACCACCGCGCCGUGGUUCACUUCGUGGUGCCAGUGAAAAACCAGGCACGUUGGGUACUGCAGUUCAUCUCCGACAUGGAGGAGCUGUUCCGAGUCACCAAGGAUCCCUACUUCAGCAUCAUCAUCACAGACUACAGCAGUGAUGACAUGGAUGUAGAGAAGGCUCUGAAGAGGUCUGCCUUGCACAGCUAUCAGUACCUGAAGCUGACAGGGAAUUUUGAGCGUUCUGCUGGGCUGCAGGCGGGGAUAGACCUCGUAACGGACCCGCACAGCAUUGUCUUCCUGUGUGACCUCCACAUCCACUUCCCGGCUGGGGUCAUCGAUGCCAUCAGGAAGCACUGUGUGGAAGGCAAGAUGGCCUUUGCACCCAUGGUCAUGAGGCUGCACUGCGGGAUGUCCCCACAGUGGCCUGACGGCUACUGGGAGGUGAAUGGGUUUGGUCUCCUGGGCAUAUACAAGUCUGACCUGGACAAAAUUGGAGGCAUGAACACAAAAGAGUUUCGGGACCGCUGGGGAGGAGAGGACUGGGAGCUCCUGGACAGGAUCUUACAGGCUGGGCUGGAAGUGGAGCGUCUCGCCCUGAGGAACUUUUUCCACUGGUUUCACUCAAAGCGGGGCAUGUGGAACCGGCGCCAGCUGAAGACGGCGUAGCCUUCGACCCCGGAGCUGCUCGGCAGCACUGCCACCAUCUCAUCCAGAUGUGCACUUUACCAGGGCACACAGCCGAGUGCCCCAACCCUUCCUCUGCCUCCAGAGCCUCUGAUGGCACCUGGCACAUGGCACAGCCCAGGAGCCAGGGGCCAGCGGGGUGGGAGUGUCUCUUGUCAGCUGCUGGAUCCAGCACACGGGGUCCGUGUGGCUGGGGAGGUGUGUGGGGAGAUGUGACAGGGGAAGGACUUGUAUUUCCUGCCAUGCAGUCUGGUGGAAGGUACACUGGGAGAGGUGCCGUGUUUCCUGUUGAGUCUUGCACCAAGCAGACACAAAUCCCAGCUAAGCCCAGAACGGUUUAUUCAGAGCAACACGGCUUCUCUUUCAAAACUUGAAUGAAAAAGAAAAAAAAAAAAGAAAAGAUCCCACAACCGUCCCCAUUUCCUCUCCCUUGCCCUCUCAGUACCUGAGAUUUUGGACAGGGGACCAAAGUUCUCUGAUCAGUAUUGCACCCGCAUGCCCGUGUGCUGACUUUAGGAAAUCUGGAUGCAGAGGAGCUGGUAGGCACUUCAGGCUGCUGGUGCUUACAUGUUUCUCUGUGCUUUUCACUUUGGUCAUUAUGAAAACCUGUGCUCGUGUUCAGCCCGUUAUGGGCCGUGGAUGGAUUGGAAAUACAUUUCCCUUAGGGGAGCCACGUUUGCCUGUAGCUGGGUGAGCUGGCAAGGGUGAUGUUACAAUUCCACCUAAAUUACUGACCCACUGCCCGAGGGUGGUGGAGGGGCUAUACGGGGAGGCUAACAGGGCAUCUCAGGAGGAACUUUGCAGCCUUAUCUGACAGACGUGUGUUUGUCCUAACGAUAUCAGGGAAACCCUAGCAGGGAAGAAGUGGCAAUAUUUUAUUAGUUGAAAUAUUGUAAUUUGUCAGACUAGGAGACAGAGUCUUCUGCUCUCAAGAUCCUGUACAUUUAUGCAGCGUCUAAAAGUUAAUUUAAUAAGUUAUGGCCUCACAGUUGUGCCUUGUCAUAGUUUGACCCUUAUGCAGAGGGCAGGGCUCGUGGCUGGAGAACCAGCGCAGCUGUUGGUGCUUCAUCAGUGCAGCCCAGGAGCUCUGGCCUGGUAGGGAGGAGGUGGCCUCAGGUCUUGGCACACGCACUGGGUGUAACCAACAGCGAGGACACAGGAGUGAACAAGAGUGAACAAAAGGAUGGGCAAACCCAUGCUGUCAUUGAUGCAAGAACUGUGGAGAGAGCCCACAGCUGGCCUGGUGCUACAGGGGACUCUCAUCCCAUAAAACUCCUGUUAGUGUAAGGCAAGAUGUUUUUACCCUGUAACCACUUUAGGAGACCAUAUAAACCCAGAAAUGCCAGCUCUCUCAGUGCUUUACACUGGCGCUUCAGUGUCCCCAUACCAUGCUGGAAAGGUCUCAGGCUGGAGGGGAGAGUGUGACAUAGGAUGCUGCUUGUGGUGCCCAGUUCUGUGGAGGAUUGCUGGGAAGGGGUAAUGGGUAUAUGCAGAACACAAGCAAAGCUGGCUGGUGCUAGGGUUUUUUUGCUCCAUACUGACGGAGUAGAUGCCAAUCAGAAUAGGCAUUCAUUUACUGCUGGGUCUGUGAUUCUUGACAAGUCCAUCAAGUUCUGCUGUUGCAGUAGAAAACUGAACAUGCAAGUUCUGGCACGUGAGAUAGAAAUCCUGUCAAAUCAUCUGUUUGCAUCAGUCUGGGGGUUUUUGUGAGUGACGGAUUUAGAAAAGGUCGACCAGAUACCAGAAAGUUCUGCUGUGCAGUGAGCAGCUGUGGUGAGAAGUAGACAGGAGAGAUGGCUGUGUCUGUGAAUCCAUGGAGCCUUUGCCAGAGUGGAGACACUGAAUAUCACUGAAGAGGCAGCUUUAGCAGCUGCCCGCGCCAGAGUAGCCUUCCUAUGGAGGGAAAAUACUUUACCCAUGCAGACACUAAGAAAUUAAAUCAUGGCAGUUGGGGUCAGAGGGAAGAGGCAGACGACAGUCAACACUUUCUUUGAAUUUUUUUUUUUUUUUUUUAAGUAUUACUGGAGUUUGGGAGACCUGUGAUGCAAUGUUGCAAUAAGCUCUGUUUCUGCCUGGAAUGUGCAGCGUCAGACAUGCUCUGGGUGCAAGUCAGAGCCUGUGCUUCCCUCAGACACGGCACGCUGCAGGAGUGUGCAGGUGCGCUGCUCUCAGGCUGCAGGAGGGUGCCUGUCCAGGCCGGCUGUGGCACGCGGUGCCUGUGGAAUGGGAGCGGCUGGCGGCAGGGACACGGCCAGGCGCUGGCAGGAGCGGCUGUCCGUGCCCCUCAGCCGGGAGCAGCGCGGUGCCCGCUCUGCAGAGGGAGAGCUGCUGGCUUCCCUGGCACCCUGCGGGCACAGCACGGGAGCAGCAGUUAUUUGUGCUUUCACAGCCGCCCGUGGAUGUGGUCUGCAGCACCUGCACUUAGCAGCCAUCCAUCUGCAGACGCUGCCAAGGAUUAGGUGCAUCCUGAAGGUAACUCACCUGGCAUAAAUGACAGGGGACAGCCAGCCUUUAAAGAGUGGACUGGACAGCAGGGUGCACCCCUCAGAGCAGCACUGCCAGCAGAAUUGGAGGAUUUUGCCCCCAUUUUUGAGCUGUGACUGUACCCCUUCCUUCACACGUUGUAACCCCAGCCAGCGGUCAGCAGAACUACCUCGUGAGGACUCCUUGGUGGAGAUGUAAGGAGUUUUUUGUCAUUUCUGAGUGGCCACUUUCCCUGCUGUCAGAGCUGCCAUCUCAAGUGUUCUUCCCUCUCAGUGGGAAUUCUCAGCUGGUGUCCAAGCUUUACAGUAGUAAAUGUGAUUAAUACUAAUUGGCACUAGCUGGCAGCCUCCCUGGAGGAGCCUGGAGAGCCCAUGGGGACACAAACUCUUCAGCCCACGUGCUGAGACCUCCCUGCAGGGUGAGGGAGAGCAGGGGCUCCACACUCCCCCGUUUGCUGGCCAGCAGCAAACCUUGCAGGAGCAGUGCUGGGCUUUGCUCUGAGGCUGCUGCCCCUCUUCCAGAGCAAGCUGCAGCUUUUCUCCCCAGACAGAGUCACAAAGAGGGGAGAGCAGGAAGCACAGCUGGAGCAGAUCCCUCAGCCAUGCAGUGAAAGAACAUGGCCAGGAAGCUGCCUCCCCUCAGCAGCUGGUCACAUUUCUGUCACCAGGAUCUUUUUAGGAAGCUGUGCUGGAGUUUCUGGCCUUCAUGUGCAUCCUGGCUGUGUCCUGCCUGGACAGCUGGAGGAAGUCAGUUGCAUAGGAUUUUCCUUGCAUCAGGCCAGGAGCAAGCUGCUCAGGAAGCUCUGUGGCUGGGGAGAUGAUGGACAGUGCUGCAGAUGAGACCUUCUCCAGGCUAGGAUGUGACCAGGCUGGGGAGGUGAUGGACAGUGCUGCAGAUGAGACCUUCUCCAGGCUAGGAUGUGACCAGGCUGGGGAGAUGAUGGACAGUGCUGCAGAUGAGACCUUCUCCAGGCUAGGAUGUGACCAGGCUGGGGAGUCCAUGCCACCAUGUGUGAGGUGCAGGGCAGGGGUCUCUGCUUACAAAUGUGACUGUGUCUUCAGGACUGGAGUGUGGUGCUCAGGCUUGCUUUGCAGGUCAGCAAGAGAGUGAAGAAGGGCUGACUUUUAAUCUGAGCAAAGUGUAUUGUGUGAAAAUUAUUAUUUGUUUCCUCAUUGUCUUAAUGUUUGCCCGGUGAACAUCUCUCCUCACGUCCUACAAGUGUCUGAAGUUGAUUGUUUUUUAGAUGCAGAUGCCUUGUGUUGAAAAUCUGAGUUGUACCUUUGAGUUACCUGCCUUAAAGUGGCUCUGUGCCUUCAAGACGACUCCUGGGCCACGUCUCUGUUGGAGCUGGGGGUUAUACAGAUCCUCCUUCGUGUUUUAUAAAUACAUUGUCUUCCUACAAGA